UUUCACGUGAUGCGGAGUUUUGUAAGAGUGCCGCGAUAUCGCAUUGUGCUGACGCCUCUCUCUCUCUCUCUCUCUCUCUCUCUCUUUCUCUCUGAGAAUACUUACGAAUAGUACGAGCAAUUAUAAAUAGUGUUGUCACAUCGUUUUAAACUCCUGUUGGAAAUUAUAUAUUUAGCCGAAAAGAGAAUCAGAACAGAGAGAACAUUUUACGAGUCCGGAAGAUUCACGACUCCAAUAUUCCGUGGCAGGCUUACCAAUAAUAGUCAAUUCUUCAACUAAGAAGAAGAAGGAACUUUUCGAGCUUGGCUGAUUUAUAUGCAGAUUACAAUCAAUAUCUAAGCAACACGUUCGAUUACCACAGGAGUACGUUAUCAAGAAAAUAUCUUGGAGUGUGCACGCAUUAGGUUUCAACCGAACGAGCGCUUCCAGGAGCCGUAAUAGAAUGGAUCUGACUCUCCGCUCUUUCAAAUUAAGAGACGUGAAACCAUCAAAGGAGAACUUCUUGCAAGUCGAGCGUGAUAGUGUCACAGAGAGAAACGAUACUAUCGGAGAGCGAAAAUGCAGACUGAAGGAAAAGUCGCGCGAUGAAUUCCGGAUAAUUAAUUUGGCCGAGGUUGCCUGGCACGACACUCCUGACAACUGCUGGCUCGUGAUCUACGAUUACGUAUACGAUUGCACGGAAUUUUUGAACAGUCACCCAGGCGGCCAGGAUAUUCUCCUAGAACAUGCAGGACGAGAUGCCACCUUAGCGUUCAUUUCAACUGGUCACUCUGCCAUCGCUAACGCAACUUUAGAAAGGUACAAAAUUGGUGAGCUUCCGUCGAAAGAGAGACUUUUCCGCACUCCCAACGGCCUAAAGAUCUCGGGAUUCUAAUCUGUUCAGAUCAUCGAAGGUUAUCAUCAUCAUUGUGACGCACUCGGGAAAAGAUCAAAUUUUAUAUGAAAAAUAGAUUGACAUA